AUGCGUCUUCUCAUCGUCUUCGUUGUUGUCUUUGGACUGCUUAUCGCCACUGGUCAAAGUUCGGACGGCACUUCAUACAAAUUCUCUUUAGCCAUUCAUUGUCCGAGCGGAGAACUUGGACAAUGGUUUGCUGAAGCCAAGGAAGUUAACAAGAAUGAUCAGUUUAUUUUGUCGACAGUUGGAGGAACGACUUCGGACAAGUUCGUAUUCGUAGAAAUUGGAGGACUUCUCAAUAUACUCAACAACUUAGAAAGUUUGUUGCUUUAUGCUCGUUCAGAUUGCAAGAUAGCAAAUAUAGAUGUUGGAAUCCCUAUUCCAAAAGAUAAAGGACACCACUAUGCUUUCCGAGCCUACAAUAUGGAGGAUGAUAAUGAUAAAACUGAUAGUGAAGCUUACGAGUAUCUCUUUAUGAAGUAUCUGGAAAAGGAUUGUGCAAUGAACGAAUGUAAAGAGAGCGCACGUGAAUACGUCGCCAAGGGUUGUGAUGUUUUCAAAAAUGAAGCUUCGCAAUGUAUGAAAGGGUAUGACAAUGCACUGCCAAAAUAUUGUCAAAAGGAUGGAUCAUCGGUGCACUCAAUAUGUUCUGAUUACGGCUCCACAAAGAUGAUUCUCAUUAUCGGUGGUGCAGUUGGAGCCAUCAUCGUUCUUGUCUUAGCCAUCGGCGUUUUCUUCUACUGUAGAAAAAAGAAGAAGAGUAAACAGAACAUGACUGGUACUGGAACAAUGUCUGGAUCCGGCACUCUCUCGGGAACAACUAAACAGUCAACUGCCACUAACAAUUUCAAUACUGGAACUCCGACUGGAACACCGACUGGAGCAUCACCUGGAGCACCAAUCCCUACUGGAGUCGAGACUACUACAGGAGCGCAAAGAUAUUAG